AUGUUGAAAAACGACGCAGCUUAUAAAAUUGCUAAGAGAGCCAAGAAAGCCACAGGAGAAGAGGCAAAGAAGGAAUCAAACAAAAAGGUCAUCAAGAAAAUGCCAACGAAUGCAGAGGAGAUAGCCUUGAAGAAAAAAGACCAAAAAGCACGCAAACAACGUAGCCGCUCUACAACAAAGUCUCAGUUGAUGAAGAAGAGCACAAAGACUGCACAUGCGAAAGCCAUCAAGUACAUCAAUGGGCUGGAGAAACAGAAUAGGCAAGCUGUAACCCAGCCUAAUGCUUCGCUGAACGACAACACUAGACAACUUGUCCAUGCAAACGGAGCUGUGGAAUUUGAGGCUUGA